GAUAGUUUUGAAUGCAGCAACAAAUCAAAUCGUGGAAAAAGCUUCGAAACUGAAACCAAGAGACAACGGCUACGGCUGUACUACAAUACAGUUUCCCUCGAAAGCCAAGCAGGAAAGAAAAGGAACCAGCCGAUCCACGUGUCAACCUCAUUCUUCAUCAUCUUAUUAGUCUACCGGUAUCUACUCGAGGGUCUCUGUUGUUGCUUUGGAGCUGGAUUAACAAAGAGAGCGGACGCUGCUGGAAUCAAGACUGACCGUGGACAAACUGCCAAUAUCGCACUAUCCUUCAUCUGCCAUUCAUCAAAAUCAUGGCUCGAACCAAACAGACGGCUCGCAAGAGCACUGGUGGAAAAGCACCCCGUAAGAUGUUGGCCACCAAGGCGGCUAGAAAGACGGCACCCACAGCUCAAGGAAUAAAAAAACCUCAUCGCUAUCGACCAGGGACUGUGGCCAUUCGAGAAAUUCGGCGUUAUCAGAGGAGCACGGAUCUCUUGAUUCGCAAGUUACCCUUUCAGCGGUUGGUCCGAGAGAUUGCCCAAGAUAUCAAGUCAGACCUGCGCUUUCAGGAGUCGGCUGUUCUAGCUUUGCAAGAAGCUAGUGAAGCUUACCUUGUUGGGUUAUUUGAAGAUACCAACUUGUGCGCCAUUCAUGCCAAGCGCGUUACCAUCAUGCCCAAAGACAUGCAGCUUGCCAGAAGGAUUCGUGGAGAGAGAUCCUGAGGCUGUCAAUUCCCUUGAGUGCUGGAGUGGUUGCGAUACCGUAGACACCCGGCAACAACAACAAUCAACUUGAUCCUUUCGACGAGUUUUAUUCACUAUCAGUAAAAUGUGGAUAUGCAUGUACCUUGGUUAAAUUAUUAUGAGAAUCAUCUUGUCUAUUGUACACGUACGAAUACUUUUGGUUUCUUUUGACCUUUUGGAGCUCCAACGCUCUUUGGAUGGUCUGUCUUUCUCACACCCAAAAUUAGUCAUAAAAGUACAUAGCCAAAAACCGUUUGUCUUGUCCCUUUGUC